AUGGCCGACAAACAGGACAUCCUCCCUCGCCGCAUCAUCAACAAGCACACGGACGAGAGCCUCGGCGACUGCUCCUUCCUCAACACCUGUUUCCACAUGGACACCUGCAAGUACGUGCACUACGAGAUCGACAGCCCCCCCGAGGCCGAGAGCAGCCUGAUGGGGCCCCAGUCGGGGACCCCGGAGAUCGGGCUGCACGCCGAAGAUGCCGACAGCAACGUGGGCAAACUCUUCCCGUCGCAGUGGAUCUGCUGUGACAUCCGCUUCCUGGACAUGUCCAUCCUGGGGAAGUUCUCCGUGGUGAUGGCCGACCCUCCGUGGGACAUCCACAUGGAGCUGCCGUACGGGACGCUGACCGACGACGAGAUGAGGAAACUCAGCAUUCCCGCCCUGCAGGAUGACGGUUUCCUCUUCCUCUGGGUCACUGGGAGGGCCAUGGAGCUGGGCCGGGAGUGUCUCAGCCAAUGGGGCUACGAGCGCGUUGACGAGAUCAUUUGGGUGAAAACCAACCAGCUGCAGCGAAUCAUUCGCACCGGCAGGACGGGCCACUGGCUGAACCACGGGAAGGAGCACUGCCUGGUGGGGGUGAAGGGAAGCACGCAGGGGUUCAACCGAGGUUUGGACUGCGACGUCAUCGUGGCCGAAGUGCGCUCCACCAGCCACAAACCAGAUGAGAUCUACGGCAUGAUCGAGCGGCUGUCGCCUGGCACCAGGAAGAUCGAGCUCUUCGGACGACCUCACAACGUCCAGCCCAACUGGAUAACCCUGGGGAACCAGCUGGACGGCAUUCAUCUCUUGGACCCGGAGGUCGUGGCCCGCUUUAAGGAGCGAUACCCAGACGGAGUCAUCUCCAAGCCACACACACAGUGAGGAUGUCACUGUGUGUGUGUGUGUAUGUGUGGAGUUUGAUUUAGGACUGAUUUCUUUUUUAACUUUUAUU